AUGGAACGUGAAAGUACAGCACCCUAUGUAUCACCGGAAAUUUCGGAUCCAGAUGCAGAACAACAGGCAUUAUUUAAUACGGUUCAUAAUAUUCCAUUUAUCGAUAUUGAUAGUUUAACAUCAUUGGUUGGAUAUGAUGAUAUAUAUGAGAUGCCACCUCAAAUUGAGAUUAACGAUGAAACAAAACAUAUGCUGGCAACAACCGAAGUACGCCAUCGACCAUUGCUAACAAUUGCUCAACAAGUUACACCACAAAAUCAUUCAUUAAAAGGCAUUUAUAAUAUAAUAAAUGCUGUACAUAAAAAAAGUUUGGGAAGACUUAAAAAACAACAACGUAAAAGUGAAUGUAAAUCAAAAUCUGAAAAUCGUGCACGAAAGGCAUUACGUACAAUAACAUUUAUUCUUGGAACAUUUACAAUUCUUUGGACACCAUUUUAUGUCUUAGCAACAAUAAUGGGAUUUUGUGAUUCAUGUAAAAAUUCAAAAAUAUUCAAUUUCUUUUAUUGCAUUAGCUAUUUUCUAUGCUAUAUGAAUAGUCCAAUUAAUCCAUUUUGCUAUGCUAUGGCUAAUCAACAAUUCAAGAAAACACUUUUACGUAUUUUAAGUUUUGAUUUUAAAAAAUCAUAG